AUGUCACAGGCGCAGCGCGCCGAGCUGUCCAUAGUUUGUAUCAGUAUGCGGUCGCCGAAGGGAUCCGAGCCGAAGAUGGAGCUCUCCGAGGAAAACGACACGCUGGUCCAGACAGCUUCCGAAAGCAAGGCUGCCAUGCAAGCCUACCGCGACAUGACAGUGUAUCCCGAGACAGACGACGAGGUCAACGGUGUGGGAGGUCUGCACUCCGGCUUGCAAGCCCGGGCCCAAGUCAUCUGUUGUGGCGCAACAAAUACGGUGGCGAGCCAGGGCACCUUGCUGCCAUCGCUCAUCGCGGUGCCUGCCGGGUAUUUUUUCGUGGCAAGCCCACCGGCAAGCCACCAAGACACGAGCUCAGAUUCAGUCCAUGCAGCGGAGGCCGUGUCGGUGCACUAUACCUGCCGACCGGCGUGUACUUGCUGGCCCCAGCGAACUCAAAAUGCCGAGUGGCCCUUUGCAAGGUUGUCUGUGACUCCUGCCAGUCGACCAGCUGGGCGCACCCCAUUCACGUUUCCUGCGGGCCUGAAACUGGCGACGUCUGGCAGAAGCAGCUAG